CGUCGCAUGAACUUCUUUGGAAGUCACAAGAAAAAGCACGGCAUCUUCUGCAGCUUUUCAAAAGCUUUCAACAGAGAUGUUGGCACCUUAGCAGAAUCCAAAUAGCCACCUGACUGCAAUUAUGCUCAGUCGCUAUCAAUUCUGAUGAACCACAUUUCUCCAAGUUACGCGAUUAAAUUCCAUUGCUCUAUCUAGCAGCUUUUAGAUAGCAGCCAUGGCAAUUCAUGUCCCUGCACCACUGUCCUCUGGCUUCACCAACCGAACUAAGUAUAGAUUCGAUGUUUUCCUGAGUUUCAGAGGCGAAGAUACUCGCCACUCCUUCACUGUCAUUCUCUAUGAUGCUCUUCGCAGGAAGGGAAUCAAUGCCUUCAUUGAUGACAAGAAGCUCGGGAAAGGGGAACGGAUCUCACCCGCGCUUCUUAGAGCCAUAGAUAAAUCGAGGAUUUCGAUUAUUGUGUUCUCUAGAAACUACGCUACUUCCACGUGGUGCCUGGAGGAACUCGCCCACAUCGUUCGUUGUAUGAAAGAGAAGAACCAGGUGGUUAUGCCCAUCUUUUAUAAGGUCGAUCCGAUGGAUGUACGGUAUCAGAGAAAUAGCUUUGGAGAAGCCAUGAUUGCUCUAGAAGAUAGGUUCAGAAACGACAUGGAGAAAGUGCACAGAUGGAGGUCUGCUUUGUCUGAAGCUGCUAGUUUGUCCAUGGCGUGGCUUUUUGAUGAUGGAAACCAACCUGGGUUCAUUGAAAGAAUUGCUGAAGAUGCAUAUGCUAUGCUACCUCCUAAACGCUUACAUAGCAUUGAUUGCAUGGUUGGACUUCAGUCCUGCAUAGAAGAAGUGAAGCCAUUGCUGGAUCAAUCUGAUGAUAGUGUUUGUAUGUUGGGGAUCUAUGGAACUGGUGGAAUUGGCAAAACAACCCUUGCCAAGGCUCUGUAUAAUUCAAUCUUCUACCAGUUUGAUGGUGCAAGCUUUCUAUUCGAUGUCAGAGAAGCUUCAAAGCAAUAUCGAGGCAUAAUUCGUCUCCAACAGACACUUCUUUCUGAGAUUCUUGAGGAGAAGAGGAUGAAGUUGGGCAGUGUUGAUGAAGGAAUAUCUAAAAUAAUACACAGACUCUCUUGCAAAAGAAUUCUUUUGGUUCUUGAUGAUGUUGAUGAGGUAGAACAAUUAGAACUGCUAGCAGGAAGCUGUCAUUGGUUUGGUCCUGGUAGCAAGAUCAUUAUAACAACAAGAAAUAUACAAUUGCUAACUGCACAUCGUGUUGAAACAUAUGAAAUGAAGAAUUUAAAUGACCAUGACUCUCUUGAGCUGUUUUGUUGGCAUGCUUUUCACAUGAGGCAGCCUCCUAAAGCCUAUGAAGAUAUGUCUAUUCAUGUGAUCGAUUAUGCACAAGGCCUCCCUUUGGCUUUGAGGGUAAUAGGCUCCAAUUUGGCUUCUAAAAGCUUAGAUGAAUGGAGAUCGACGAUGGAACAAUAUGAGAGGAUCCCAGAAAGGACAAUUCAUGAGGUGCUAAAGAUAAGCUAUGAUUGCUUGCAGGACAAUGCCAAAUGUAUUUUCCUGGAUAUUGCUUGUUUCUUUAAGAAAAGGAGAUUGGAAUAUGUUGAAGAAAUACUAGACGCAUGUGAUUUUGGUGCAAGGUUCUAUAUUGAAGUUCUUGUUGAUAAAUCUCUUGUAACUAUUAACGACAGUGGCUCCUUGUGGAUGCAUGAUCUAAUGCAAGAGAUGGGUAGAGAGAUUGUUAGGCAGGAAGCACCCUUAAAUCCUAGCCAACGUAGCAGAUUAUGGUAUCAUGAAGAUGUUAUUAGAGUACUAUCUGAAAAUUCAGGAAGCAGCAAAAUUGAAGGAAUAAUGCUUUGGCCCCCUCAACAAGAAGAAGUGGAGUGGACUGGCCAUGCCUUUGAGAAGAUGGAGAAUCUUAGGAUUCUCAUUGUUCGAAAUGCACGCUUUACAACUGGUCCUAAACACUUACCAAACAACUUAAGAGUGCUCGAUUGGGAGGGAUACCCUUCUAUGACUUUACCACGGGAUUUUUAUCCUCUGAAAAUUGUUGUUUUGAGGUUAUGUCGUAGUCAUGUCAGACUCGGAGAGCCGUUCAUGAGGUUUGAAUAUGUGACAAACAUGUAUUUCUCACAGUGUGAGUUUAUAACUGAAGUACCUGAUAUGUCACAAGUCCCAAAUUUAAGAGAAUUGAUAUUUAGAGACUGUUGCAAUUUGAUCAAGGUUCAUCAUUCUGUGGGUUCUCUCUCUAAGCUGGUUCAGUUAGAUGUUAGUGGCUGCACCAAACUUAAUAGCUUUCCUCAUGAAAUCAAGAUGGCAUCUCUCAAAUCCCUUGACCUCAGUAAUUGCAAGAGUCUUGACUACUUCCCUAAUAUAGUGGGAAAGAUGGGUGCGUUAAGGACCAUUCUUGCAGAAAACACUGCCAUCAAUGAACUGCCAGAUUCCAUUGGAAAUCUUUCAGGUCUUCAGCUUUUAGAUAUGAACUCCUGUAAAAGUCUUAGGGAGCUUCCGAUCAGCUUAUUCAAAUUGCAAAGCCUUAGCUGGCUUCUGUUAGGAGACAGUAGACCUCGUUGCAAAAGAUCACUCAAGAUAUUAAUGCAAGAGAGCUACCCAAUUAUGAGAUGUACAAACUUAGAGAUCUUGAAUCUCGAAAAUUGUUGUCUAUCAGACGAAGAUCUUCACCUAACUCUGAAUCGUUUUCAAAAUUUGCAAGAAUUAAUUCUAUCAGGGAAUGAUAUUGUGGCCCUUCCUGAGUGCAUUAAAGAGUGUGCUAAUCUAUUGAAACUGGAGGUGACUAAUUGCAAGCAGCUAAGAUAUGUACCUGAGUUUUCAUCUAAGUUGAUGAUCAUAGAGGCUGACCAUUGUACAUCAUUAACUACAGAAUCUUCAUGCCGAUUAUGGUCUCAGGUUAGGAAGGAGGUCAAUGGCCUGUUAAUCAAUAUGCCCGCAUCAGCAUUUCCAGAUUGGUUUGAUCAUUGCUACAAAGGAGGGACCUUGUCUUUUCGUGCUCGUGGGAACUUCCCUCGUGUUGCCAUAGCAAUUGAGUUGCGCAAUGUGAAUGCAAGUGUCCCAUCAAAAUCUAAGGGGGAACUAGAAAUCAAUGUUAAACCUUGGAAGUACAUCUCUGGUUGUAUUAGCAUCAAUGGUCGUAAAGUAGAAGGGGGAAGAGAGGCAAAGAAUAACUUGGUGCAGCAACCAGUUAGAGAAGGUCAUGUGGCAUUGUUUGAUCUAAGUCAGCAUUUUGGGGAAAAGGGGUGCAAGAUCCAUGAUGGCUUUAUGGAACGAGACUGGAAUGAUGUGGAAAUAGAAUUCAAAUGUGGAUCUCCAAAUUUGUCCAUUGUUAACUGUGGAAUUUAUGUGUACAAACAGCAAACAAACGUGGAGAAUGUCCAGUUCAAGUCUUCUCUGCUUUCCAUUAAUGCUCCAAGAACUUUAUUGAAACGGAAAGCUAUAGCUUCUCCUUCUUAUGAAUCAACCAAAAAGUUCACGAGGAACUUCAAGACUACUGAUAAACCAAAGCUACAUAACCUAAAAACAAGGACAAUGCGGGAGGAGAGCUAAGCAACGUCAAAGUCUACAUUCGUGGAAUAGGAGGAGGAUGAGUUUUUCAUUAGGCAACCGUGUUUGCAGAUUUUCGUAUUAUCGUAUGUAAUGUAAUGAUCUCAAACUCCAAGUAAUAUUCUAGACUUGGACCAUGAAAAGGGUUACUGAUUGGCCAGAUGCUUAUUAAAUAGACUUAUGAAAUAGGUGGCCAAGGAAGAGGUGAGCAUAUAUAAUUAUAUGUGUUUGUGUUGUGAUAAUAUGAAUGAAGAAAGGGUUCGUGGCGUGGGUGUGAAUGGAUUUGGUGGAAUCCUUUCCCUAUGUUCUUUCCUCCUCUCUGAUGUCUCCUAUUUUCCUCUGUGACUUGAUUCUUCUUCUUCUUUCUGAAGAUUAGUGUUGAAUUAUUUAUUUCCCAACAA